AUGACGAACAAGACGCGAGUGGCGUACAUGUACGACCCGGACAUAGGCUGCUACGACUAUGAGCCAGGCCACUGCAUGAAGCCCUUCCGUAUCCGCAUGACCCACGACUUGGUCAUGUCCUACGGUCUCUACAGGCAGAUGGAGGUCUACCGCGCAAAGCCGGCCACGGCCCUGGAGAUGACUCAAUUCCACACCGACGAGUACAUAGAGUUUCUUCAGCGCAUCACCCCCGACACCAUUGGCAGCUGCCAGCAGGAGGCCUUGAAAUACGACAUCAGCGGCGAUUGCCCCGUCUUUGAUGGCUUGUUCGAGUAUUGCUCCAUCAGUGCCGGCGGCUCCAUGGAGGGCGCCGCGCGUCUCAAUCGCGGUCGCUGUGACAUAGCAGUGAACUGGGCCGGCGGCCUGCACCACGCAAAAAAGGGCCAGGCCGGCGGCUUCUGCUAUGUCAAUGAUAUCGUCCUGGCCAUUCUGGAGCUCCUGCGCGUGUACCAGCGCGUGCUUUACAUUGACAUCGACAUCCACCAUGGAGACGGAGUAGAGGAGGCCUUCUACACCACUGACCGCGUCAUGACAUGCUCAUUCCACAAGUUCGGCGAGUUUUACCCCGGAACCGGCCAUCUGCUGGACAUCGGCAUCGGAAAGGGCAAAAAGUAUGCUGUGAACGUGCCUCUCCGCGACGGUAUCACCGACGAGGCGUAUCGAGGGAUUUUCGAGGCGGUUAUUUCCGACAUCAUGCAGUGCUUCCGCCCCGAAGCUGUUGUUCUCCAGUGUGGCGCCGACAGUCUGUCUGGAGAUCGUCUCGGAAGCUUCAAUCUUUCCAUGGAGGGGCAUGCCAAUUGCGUCAGAUUUGUGAAGAGCUUUGGACUGCCAACUAUGAUGGUUGGAGGAGGCGGUUACAGCAUCCGCAAUGUAGCUCGUACGUGGGCGUAUGAAACGGGGAAGGCAGUCGGAGACUCGAUCGGCAAGGUCCUGCCAUUCAGCGAUUACUACGAGUACUACUGUCCAGAGUAUCUUUUAGAUGUCCCUCCUUCGAACAUGUCCAACGAUAACACCCCCGAGUAUCUGGAGAAGAUUCGCUCCACAAUUGCUGAGCGCCUGCGUCAACUACCAUUUGCGCCAUCGGUCCAGAUGCAGGAUGUUCCCCGUCGAGGAUUGGGCAGCUCCGAGGAGGACGAUGACCUGCUGGCCGACAUAGAUGCUGACGAAAAUAUGGACGUUCGCAUGACUGAGCUCCAGGAGGACAGAGGCGUCGCCAACGAGGCAGAAUACUAUGACAGUGACGCGGAAGAUGAGAGGAACAGGCAUCUUGCUACUAAUCCCGAGGAAGCCGAGGCAUUGGACGAGGACAUGGCUGACGCUGAAGACCACGAAUCCAGCGAGGAGGAGAAAAAAGAGCAGGCCGAAGCGGAGACAGCAGUCCCCGAUGAGGAAGGUGACGAGAUGCGCGAAGUUACCAAUGGUACUACUGUCGUUCGUCCAAGCGAAACUUCUGCUGUAGUGCUGGACCAGACGAGCGCCGAAGAGUCGUCAAUCCUUCCUGGCACAGGCAACACGGCAACACCUCCGAGGAGCCCUGGAACGGAAGAAGCCUCGGCUGUCCAGGAGAGUACAGUAACAGAAAGCGCUGCUGGCAAUGCUGAUACGACAGAGGGAGACGCAACGGAGGCAACAGCUACAGAGCUCUUGGAAGCUCAGCACCUGAAACCCAUCAUGUCACAACUCUCGACCACCUCAGCACCGCGCUCCGACGAGCCCGAUCCCAGGAACAGCCUUCGACACGUCCUCGCUGCCGAUCCGCCCAACCAAGACAUGGUCGACGCGCCUACGCCCGUCAAGACCGAAGCUGGCCAGCCGUCGGCCCAGGACGACCACGAUACCACCGACGACCCCAAGUCCAAGCCCACCGACGAGCAGCCCAUGUACACCGCAACCACGACCACCACCCGCCGCAAUGCCAACGGCAGCGUGUCCUCGGUAUACUCGGGCAACAAGAUCCGCCACCUGAAGAAAGAAGACGGCGUGCCGCUGUGGCGCAAGGACAUCCAGUACGACUUCCUACGCAACGUCUUCGACGACCAGACCCGCGUUUUCCACAAGGUCUCCGACGGCACCUCUGGCCAUACCUUCGCCGAUAUAUACCUCGAUGCCAUGGCCAAGAGCAGCAAGUGCAGCAAGAUCCUCAAGGAUAAGCUUUUGACAGAGCGCGCCGCCGCUAUCAACAUGGCAAUGGUGUGCUUGCUGGUCAAUGUCGGCCGCAUGAACACCACUCUCAACUUCUUCCCUGAGAUGCGCGCUCAGCUCCGAACCUAUCAUUCGAUUCCCUCGCUCCAAGCUCACCAAGACCCUAAUGCGUACAAACAAUUGCAGGAUGCACCCCGUCUCAAGUCCAUCCUCAAGGGUGCGACAGAGGAUACCCAGCAGCCCAGUACCAUCGAAGAGAUCAAGAACACGCCUGUACCGCGCACGAAUCCCGUCAACCUCAUCUUCGUUCUCGCGCAGUAUGCCCCCAAGAUCUCCGAGCUACACUUUUUCCCCCCUCGGGAUUUCUUCGACCUGGUCAUGCGGAGCGCUUUGAGCUCCGAGAGUCGUGCAAAGGCUUUCCUGUGGCUGAUGUGGUGGUACUUGGAGAGCGAUUUUACCGAGCAGGAUGCCUUGAACAAUCCGUUUGGCGCAGGCCAGCCAGGAACCGCCGGAGAUGCCACCAGCGGAAUGCCCAUCAAGACACCCCCCUUUAAACAUCUGACAGAAGAGGAGGCAGCGCUAGAGAACGUGGACACGGAGGAAGAGAAACAGUUCGGAGAGGAGAAACGGAAGGAGAGAAUAGCCAUCCUGGCCACCGACAUGGCACCUGUGGUGACCGGACCUAAGCGAGGAAUCAAAAAGGGAUUCACCAACAACCCCGUCUUCUCUGUCGCAUCCGAUGACGGAUCUUUAACACCAGGCAGGGACCAUCAGUCUCCCGGGCCUGGCUCAUUUCGAUCAAGCGGCCGCGCGAAAGCACCUCUCAAGGCACUGCAAGCUGACUACGGAUCUGACACCGACCGCACUCGGGGGAACUGGGGACCGCGCAGCAAAGGCACUCCCUCGACUGUCGGCGGUAGUGCACGCCAUCCAUUCAAAGCGCACCUCGAUGCUGGCUCCCCUUCUGUGGGCCUAGGCGGCAGCGGACCUCAUGGCUUCUACCUCCCCCUUAAUGGCACGGAUCCCAGCAUCAACCGCAAGCGACCUCCCACAGCACACCAGAUGGCUGUGGAACAACACCGCAAGAAGCAAGUCGACUACAUUCUUGACCGCAAGCUCCGCAACAGGCACCGUGAAGCCGAGCGCAGGCGCAAGCGCGAAGGCACAUUUUCCCGGGCGUGGAAGCGGCUCAAGCUAAUGCCCGAUGGCUAUGACAGCGAAGAGGAAUUCUACGCGGCCGCGGCGCUGGCUGCGGAGAACGGCGUGCUUGAGCACUCGCCAGUGCGUCGGCCGAUGCUCGAGGCGACGCGCCUCGCGGGGCUGACGCCGAUCGUCGGCCGGCUUGAGCUCGAUGACUGCGGCGAGGAGAUGGCACACUGGGCGCGCAUUUUCCGCCAGACUGGCCGCCGGCUCGAUCGCUGGGAUGGCAACCCGGACGCCGUGCCCAUCAAGAAGCGCAAGGACCGUGACGAACGCGAGAAGGAAGCCGCCGCCGCUGCUGCUGCUGCGGCUUCCGCACCGACCCCCCAGCACGACCUCGUCUGGGUUGGCGAAGACGCCAGCAGCGGCCCACCCGGUACCGGUCCCGUCCCUGCAGGCAGUAGCAGGGCUGCAGGUAGACGCUCAGGAGGUGUCGGCGCUAGCAGGAGGAAGCGCACCGGUGUGCCGUCGUCGGUCGCGGGUUCGACAGUGGCAGACGCGUCGGAACGCGGCGACGCGGAGAGCAUCGCAGAUCUUCCUUUGGGUGGCGGCGGGCGGGAGAGCAGCGCGGUACCUAUGGAGGACGACAUGGACGAUGUCGAUGAGAGCGUCGUGGGCGGACCGCCACCGCCGGCGGCUGUGUUGGCGGAUGAUGAGAUGGAGGUGGAAGAUGACGGCGAGGCGGCCGAGGGAGAGGAGAGCGAGGAGGACGAGGAGAUGGGUGGGGCAUGA